AUAAGAAAUAUACUGACACUAAUAUCUUCACCCAUGGGCACAGUAUAAAUUUUGACAAUUCAGCUUCAGAGAUGUUUAUAUACAGUUACGGAUCUCUGAGCUGAAAUGAAUCCCCCAAGAAUCAUGGGCAAUCUACUGGAUUAGAGCCUGUGGGGACUAUUUCUUUGGACUGAAUGGCAUUGUCACCUUCUGAUGACAGUUUUAGUUACACACAUUCAUAAAAGGCAGUGGCUAGAGAACCGGUUCCCUAGACAGCAAACUUAUUCAUCCAGAAAGGCUUCUCUAGCCGAAUUAAUGUGUAUAGGCUAGAGAACCAGAAUUUUAUUUCUAUGCAUAAAGCUGCCGGAAUUCACUUUGUUUCUUUGUCUAAAGACAAGAUGAAAAGAGGAUCAAGAAGAGGAUGUGUACGUUUGAAGGGUGCAGUAAUUGGUAUAGAUGAUGAAGAUGACAGUACCUUCACAAUCACUGUAGAUCAUAAAACAUUUCACUUUCAAGCUCGUGAUGCAGAAGAAAGAGAACAAUGGAUUGAAGCUUUGGAAAACACCAUAGUUAGACACACUAGACAUUCCUCAUUCAGGAGUCAGCAGUCUGGUGUUCCUAGUGCGGCAGAUUUUGACCAUAAGCUAGCAGAAACAGAUGCCUACCUACAACUUCUCAUUAACCAGGUGGAAAGUCUAGAGAAACGUAUAGAAGCAUGUGAAGAUCUUGCAGAGAAGGAGAAAUAUAAUGUGAUCAAAGUUACUGCUAAUGCCAUGAUUGAGGCAAUAAAACAUUCCAUUGUGAUGCUGCAGAUAUCUAAAGAGACAUUAAAGGAACCCUUGCUGAAUGGUACCAUGCAUGAGCCAGUAUUAACCCAGGGGGCAGAUUUUGAUUAUUACAGCAGUGGUGCUCAACCUGUUGGAUCUACAAGUAGAAGUACAACACCAGAUCUCAGUGAAUCAGCAGUUCUCAAUGGUGACAUGAACCUUGUGUCAAGUGGUGGCAUCACCCCACCGGAAAAUGAGCUGGAUUUACGGGAGCCAGAGCGUUCCGUACCUGCUACUUCCUACUCAAGUAGUGAAGAUGAAGAUUUCUUUGAUGCAGAAGAGGAAGCACAGAGAACACCCAGAAAUAGUCCUGAUAAAAAAGCUAAGUUAAAACAUUUGGAACAGCUACCAGAGGAUACUGCAAUAGAAGGUUCUGAUAGAGUGGAUGAUGGCUCCCAGCCAUCAGAGAGUGCAGAUAUAAAAACAGUACAACAGUUACCGGACCCUCAAGAUGAUUAUGUUGAUGAACUGUAUGAUGUAUCAGAAGAGGAAGGAUUGGGCUCCUUAGAGAAACAUGGUAGCAUAAUAACACACUUGUUGUCACAAGUACGUCUUGGUAUGGACCUCACAAAAGUUGUUCUUCCUACUUUCAUUUUGGAGAGGAAAUCAUUGCUGGAGAUGUAUGCUGAGUUUUUUGCACAUGCUGACCUGUUCUUGAAGACUGUGGAUUUACCAACUCCACAGGAGCGUAUGGUACAGCUUGUCAGAUGGUAUAUGUCAGCAUUUCAUGCCAGUAGAAACUCUGAGAUAGCCAAAAAACCAUAUAAUCCUAUUCUAGGAGAAACAUUCAGAUGUUACUGGAAUGUGCCGGGAUAUGAGAAAACAGAGGAGUUGGUUGAGGACGGACCAAUACCUUGGGCAAGCAGCAAUAACCUCAGCUUUAUAGCAGAGCAAGUCUCACACCAUCCUCCUAUAUCAGCAUUCUACGCAGAACAUGCAAACAAACGUAUAACACUAGAUGGUUAUAUAUGGACAAAGUCAAAGUUUCUGGGACUUUCUAUAGGUGUACAUAUGAUAGGUCAAGCUGUGAUAUCUUUAUUAGAUUGGGAUGAAGAAUAUAUCAUUACAUUUCCUAAUGGAUAUGGAAGGUCAAUUUUAACAGUGCCCUGGGUUGAGCUAGGUGGAAAUAUUACUGUCUCAUGUGCCAAAACAGGAUAUAAUGCUACAGUAGACUUUUUAACCAAGCCUUUUUAUGGUGGUAAAAAACACCGAAUUGCUGGUAAUAUAUAUGCCCCUAAUGAGAAGAAACCAUUUUGUGUUCUGGAAGGUGAAUGGAAUGGUACUGUUUGGGCCAAAUAUGCAACAGGGAUGAAUGAGGCAUUUGUUGACACAAAGAAACUUCCAAUUCUCAAGAAACAAGUUAAACCAAGGGAUAGUCAGGAUGAAUUUGAAUCAAGGAGGUUAUGGCAAGAUGUCACUUCUAACCUCACAUUGGGUAAUGUGGAAAAAGCCACAGAAUAUAAACAAAAGCUUGAACAGCGUCAACGUGAGGAGGCUAAGGAACGUAAGGAAAAGGGUCUCAAAGUGGAAACUAAGCAUUUCCAUGAAGAAGGUGAGCAUUGGGUAUAUGAUAGACCUCUUGUGAAACGUGUUGGACGGACAUUAGCUUCAAGUUCCGGUAGUGCUGUAUAGUUGUACCUCAACAAGUUCAUGAAGGAAGCAAGCUUAUUGCUGUCAAUCAUUUGUGUUCUGCUUAAAAAUGAAACCUCUUGCUAUAAUAAUGAAAUACAAACUACAUUGUGAUAGAUGCAAAAAUGUGCAUACCAGUUUAAUAUUAUGAAAUUAUAGAAGGCACUGAAACAUGCCAAAUGGCAUAAAAAUCUUGCAAUUAGUAAAUUUUAAAGCAGGAAUUUAAUAUUUAAAGCAGAAAGUGAGUUUUGUACCAGAAUAUUCCUCAUCCAGGGCUUGUGUGAGUGACAGGUCUUGUGAGUAUCACAAAAAUUGCAUAACACAGACAAUACCAUAUUAUUUUUACACAGACAAUACCAUAUUAUUUCAUUGUUGGAGGGAUUGUUUAUGCUUAGCUGGAAUGAUUGCUUUUGAACUCCAGGUUGAACACUACAUGUACAGGGAGAUUCAUAGCUUGGCUUUCAUGUGAUCUAUGAUAUGUACAAGGAUACAGACUUCAGGUCUAAUUAUUAUGCUUUCAAAAAGGGGAAGCAUAUUACAUGUAUGUUGCCACUUUGUCUGUUUGUUGUCCUGAGUAUUUUUUAGCAACCAUUCGCUGGAAUUGAACGAAACUUCAUAGGAAUCUUCACUCCUAAGAGGAAAUGCACAUAUUUUCUUCAUGUUCCAGUUGGAAGAUUUUUCACUAUGUGUUUGCCCUUUCACCAUUAGUUUAAUAUAGCACAAUUUCUUGUCCAGAGUAUUCCUCAACAACCAUUGGCUGGAAUUCAGGAAAACUUCAUAGGAAGCUUCAUUCCUAGGAGGAAAUGUGCAUAUUCAUGUUGUUGUCAAUUGAUUUUUAGCUCGACUAUUCAAAGAAUAGUCUAGCUAUUCUACUCACCCUGGCGUCGGCGUCGGGGUCACACCUUGGUUAAGUUUUUGCAUACAGCUAUCAUUUAAAGGCAUAAUAUAGCUUUGAAACUUAUUUAUUCUUUUUCUAGGUCAAUUACCAACCUCACUAGGUCAAGUUCCAUAACUCUAACAUGUAUUUUGAGGAAAUUAUGCCCCCUUUUGGACUUAGAAAAUUCUGGUUAAAGUUUUACAUGCAAGUUACUAUCUCCAAAACUAAUGCAGAUAUUGAAUUGAAACUUCACAUGUGUCUUCGGGGUUAUAAAACUAGUUGAUAGCAUCAAGU